UAGUUUUAAUAAUAGUCGGAUGACUUGGCAUCACUGCGCUGUCAAAUUUAUCAAAAUCGCAACCAAAUUGAAACAGAAUAUUUGCACAACAAAACGCCCAAGAUAAAAUUGAAAAUUGGAAAUAAAUAUUAAAGCAUUAGUACACAAAAUAUUUAACAAUUAUUUUCGAAAAUGAAUUUUUUAGGAUUCGGACAAUCAGCCGAAAUCGACAUUGUUUUUGAUGGUGCCGAAAAUAGGAAAGAAGCUGAUGUCAAGGGGGAGGACGGGAAAGUUGAAAAAAUGCUAUUAUACUACGACGGAGAAACUGUGUCCGGAAAGGUAAAUGUCACUCUAAAGAAGCCCGGAAGUAAACUAGAGCAUCAAGGAAUCAAAAUUGAAUUUAUUGGUCAAAUAGAACUUUAUUACGAUCGUGGGAAUCACCAUGAGUUUAAAUGUUUAGCUAAAGCUCUAGCGCGUCCAGGCGAUUUAUUACAAAACACUAGCUAUCCGUUUGAUUUUCCGAACGUUGAGAAGCAGUUUGAAGUAUAUUCUGGUUCAAAUGUACGACUCCGUUAUUUUUUACGUGCCACAAUUGUACGUCGAAUUAGUGAUAUAACCAGAGAGGUCGAUAUAGCUGUGCAUACAUUAUGCAGCUACCCUGAAAUGAAUAAUCAAAUCAAAAUGGAGGUGGGCAUUGAGGAUUGUCUUCAUAUUGAAUUUGAAUAUAACAAAAGCAAGUAUCAUUUAAAAGAUACAAUUAUUGGCAAAAUAUAUUUCUUAUUAGUCCGAAUUAAAAUAAAACAUAUGGAAAUAGCAAUCAUAAAACGAGAAUCAACUGGUACCGGACCGAAUAUGUUCACUGAAAAUGAAACAAUUGCAAAGUAUGAAAUAAUGGAUGGUGCUCCAGUUAAAGGUGAAAGUAUACCAAUAAGAGUGUUUCUCGGUGGUUAUAACCUUACUCCAACAAUGCGCGAUAUUAACAAAAAGUUUUCUGUUAAAUAUUUUCUCAAUUUAGUUUUAAUGGAUACUGAAGAUAGACGUUAUUUCAAACAACAAGAAAUAACACUGUGGCGAAAAGCAGAUAUUGCGCGUCAUCACAUGCAGGGUCAACAGCAGGUGUCGGGUGUACUACAUCAACAACACGCCCCGUCACAUUUAGUAGGCGAUCAUUCUGCUCAAAUAGGUGAAAAUAGUGAAUUUGAAAAUGAAUCUAAUAAUGUUGAACCGACUCAAGAAAGCAAAAUGGGAUUGUUUACACGCGAAAGCCCUAAUCAAGACUUUAAUCAAAAAGAUUCAUUACCUACUUCUCCCUCAACGUCUACUAUCGCUUAUAUUGAGCGUGGAAUGGGUGAUGGUGCCGCAACAAGCAGCACAUCACCUGUGAUGCUUUCAAAUACGCCGCCACCAAUCCCAGUAGUUUCUCAAGAGGAGUGUGGCACUUUUCUUUCAGAGGAGCAAUCACAAAAAAUUACUACUAAUGUAGAUUUCUUAGACAAUGAUGAUUGUUUAACAAAUGUGUCUUUGGACCAACCAGCAGAGAUCGAACCUACACUAACGAAAACGCCGACACCAACUGACUAGUUGUAAACGUAGCUGCCUAUAUAAAAUUGCUUAAAGCCAUCCGAUAAAUAUUUUCAAAAUUAAUAUUUCGUUUUCUUUUUGUUUUGAGUAUUUUUUUACAAUUGUCAAACGCCCAUAUUUUAUUUUACUUAAAUUAGAACGCGUAACAACUUUUUUAAUAUUGAAACUAAUUUAUAUAUGUAUUAUAAUUUAUUACGUUUCCCAGGUUAUAAUUUAAAUAACGAUAUUUCGAUUUUGAAGUGACAAAAACAUUAUUGAAUAUAUUGCACUGUUUUAUCCAGAUUAUUAAUAAAAGAAAAUCUAAUUAAACAUAUUAAAGUAUGAAGAAAUUAAUCAGUAUCAACAAAUCUUACAAGUAAUAUUUCCUAUAAAAAUGAAAUAAUAAACGUCCACGCUUCGAAACAGCUA